AUUGAAAAUAUCGGAAAUGGAGAAGGGCUAUGUAUGAUACCCAAUUCAAGAGGCUAGAACCGUCCCUGUCACUUAUGCAGAAAGCAAAGAUAUAUUUACUAAUAAGAAUAGGCAAUAUGAGAACCAGGACAUGCCACUCGUUGCCGAAUUCAGCUAUAAGGAGCUAAAGGACCAUGACAAUUACGAUCCAUAUUUCAAACAUGUUCAGAAGGAUUUUGAAAAAGUCCGGACUCCUUCAAAGAAAAAUGAUUAUUUCGAAAAUGUCAAAAUGAGGGAUCAGUUAGACCAGUACAUCGAAAGCACCAGGAUGAGCCAAGAACUGCAAACAAGAAAGAAGGAAUACAAGGACUUUAUAAAAGACUAUGAAGAGAAAGACUUGUGGUCUCGUAGGAAGAAGGAAUGAGAGAAUAAAUACCCAGGUAUCUUUAAGACUUCUGCCAAGUCUGUUCUUGCCCGAUACAAACAAGUCAACGAUAUGUUUGCGUAUGACCCAAGAGGUAUUUAUGAAUAA